AAACAAGAGAUCGCAUAUUAAUAAUUUGUGUAAGCUUAUUAGCAUUGCCCACUACAUUAUAUAGAUUGGAAAACCUCUCCAAAGCCAGAUAUGGUGCCAAAGGGAGAGAAAAUCAAAACAAAGUAGACACAUUCUAUAAGAAGGACAAGAAACAUGGGUUCAAGGGAUCAACAACUUCGACAACUUCGAGAUGUCACAAGCUCUAGUGCUAUGAACAAAGCCUCAAUUAUUGUAGACGCCUCCAAAUACAUAAAAGUGUUGAAACAAAAAGUGGAGGGACUAAACUCAGAGUUAGGAGCAGUUGAGUCAUCAACCCCUCAAAUAGAGGACGACCAACCUAUGGUGACUGUGAAAACCCUAGAAAAGGGUUUCCUAAUUAAUGUCCUUAUAGAAAAGAAUAGUCCUGGUAUGCUGACAUCAAUACUUGAAGCUUUUGAAGAUCUGGGACUUGAUGUGCUUGAUGCUAGGGUUUCUUGUGAAGACACUUUCAAGCUAGAAGCUUUUGGAGGAGAUAGUCACAAGGUCGACAGUAUCGACGCGCAAGUGGUGAAGCAAGCUGUGUUGCAAGCUAUCAAGAACACGGACUAAUCAAAAUAUAUAUUAAUUCCAGUACACUUUUUUGUCUUCUUUUAUGAUCUUGAAAUUUUCACAUAUAUAUAUAUCCAAGUGUUAAUCUGCCAAAAAUAUGAGGUGCCUACCACUUCGAUCAAUGGCCCUUACAUAUAUUCAUAUGGCUUAUCAGCAUCUUAUAAUUGGAUAGUGGAAAACAAAGAAUGAAUGGACACACUUCUUCUCCCUCAUUAUGUUUUUGUGGUUAUUA